AUUUUUUACAUAAUAAUUUAACGCGCAGGAGUGGAAAAAAAAAUGUUAGUCAAUUGCUCAAUGGGCAGGGGACAUAGAAGCGGUGUCGUUUUGAUGCGAUUGAUCGUGAAAACAUGUCGAUGAAGAGCUGGUAGAUAAAAGGAGAAUCUAAAUAGAGGAGAAAGAGAGAGGCAGAGAAAUGGCUGGAAAGAUGAGAAGAAGCGAAGCUAGCUCUAGCAGUAGCAGCAAUAGUAGAGGAGAAACCGUGGUGGUUGAUUGCGGCCGUCGUAGGAGCUCUUGCGGUUAUUGCAGAUCCAAUGGUCGCACCAGUAUUUCUCAUGGUUUGUGGGCACACAGCGUUACAGUUGAUGACUAUCAAGAUCUUCUUGAUCGGGGAUGGAGAAGAUCAGGUUGUUUCCUCUACAAACCUGAGAUGGAAAAGACAUGCUGCCCCUCUUACACUAUUCGCUUGAAAGCUAGUGAUUUUGUUCCUUCCAAGGACCAACUCCGUGUCUUUAGAAGAGUGCAGAGGCUUUUAGAUGGCACACUGGAUAUGAAAAAAGCAGUGGAAGAUGUAGAGGAUCAGAAUAGUUCCAAAAGUACAUGCAGCUGUGCCUGUCAUGAAGUUUCAAGCUCAGAAACAAAGGAAACUUCAUCUGUUAAACACGAGGAGAUGAAUAAUGCAGAGAACAUUGCUAAUUAUUUGUCAGAUCAAGUUGACAAUGCAAUCCAUACAUGGGCAGAAAGUGGGGAGUUCCCUUGCAAUAUACAAUUACCAAAAGCUUCUGUCAAACAGGUUUCACAAGCCAAAAGAAAGCUGCUAGUUGAAGGAGCAGAAGAGCUCAUGUAUUCUAGCAACAUUGCAUUUCAAAUAGUAGCUUCUGUACGGCGUGCUCAAUCAGCUGGAAAGGAUGCAAGGCAUGGUUCAGGAGAUGAUACUCUGUCUCCUAAAAUUAUUGCAGAAAAGUUGGCUGCUUCUUUAAAUCAGUUGCCAGAAACUAGUGGGUUAUCGAUCAGGGCUUGCAAUGGACACAUCAAUUAUUAUAAAUCUACAACACAAGCUUCUUCUAGUGAAGGUACUCAAAUUGUUUCUGGUUCCAAAGAAUCUGCUGCAGGAUGUAAAAGAAAAGCCUGCUGUAUGAAGAAGAGUGUCAAACAUCCUCAGGGGAAAAGGCGGAAGCUAGAGAUCCGUUUGAAAAGAUCCAGUUUUGAUCUGGAAGAAUUUGAAUUGUAUAGAAGAUAUCAGAUGAAAGUGCAUAAUGAUACGCCUGAUCAUGUUUCUGAAAGCUCAUACAGGAGGUUUCUGGUUGAUACUCCCCUAAUUUUUGUCCCACCAUCUGGCGAUGGUAGAGUUCCUCCUUGUGGAUUUGGCUCCUUUCAUCAGCAAUAUGUUAUUGAUGGCAAGCUAGUUGCUGUUGGUGUGAUAGAUAUUCUUCCUAAAUGUUUGUCUAGUAAAUAUCUAUUCUGGGAUCCAGAUUUUGCCUUUGUAUCACUAGGCAAGUAUUCAGCCUUGCAAGAAAUAGGUUGGGUGAAGGAGAAUCAAGUCCAUUGCCCCAGUCUUCAGUAUUAUUAUCUUGGGUAUUAUAUCCAUUCCUGCAGCAAGAUGAGAUAUAAAGCAGCUUAUUGCCCUUCUGAGCUUCUUUGUCCACUCCGUUUCCAGUGGAUUCCUUUUGAUAUUGCAAGGCCUUUGCUUGAUAGAAAGCCAUAUGUUGUCUUAUCAGACUAUGCACUUCUAAAAGAUGGAGACUCUUUACCACUUCAAGCUUCUGAAAAUUCCAUUGAAGUGCAGCAUGAUGACAAUGGUGAUGAUGAUUCAGAUGAUUUUCUAAUAGAUGAACUGAUUCAACCUGAAUCUGAAAGUUCUGAUGAUGAAUCAGGUCCAGAAUCCAGUGGUCAGAUGUUGGAAAAUGGCGAUCUUGGUGAUAUUUUAAUUGGGUUAAAAGGAUCCCGUGUGAGAUAUAAGGAUCUACAACAAGCUUUUGGCCCCCGUGAAAGAAGUUUCUGGGACUCUCAGUUGCAUAGAUAUAAGAGGGUUGUUGGUGCAGAAUUGUCUGAGCGAAUGGUCUAUUUGCUAGGGUGAUUCCAUUUUUCUAUGGGUUUAUCUCACAUCAGAGAUGCUUAUACUGCCACGGGAAGCUGGAGUUUUCUGCUGAGUGAGUCUGGUUGUCAUAUUGGAACGUCAUGACCAUUCCCACUUCUGCAGUUUGUACAUAUGUGUUGUAUUCUCCAGUUCCCAAAAUGAAAUGAAGGUGAAUGAGUAGUUUGAUAUUUGUGAUCAUUUGAGGUCUUUUCAGUUAAAGGGCUUUUUGCCCUUCCAUGUUAGGAUAUUAAAUGCUCUCUUCAUAAAAUUGAAUUCUGCAAAUAAUAGAAACUGCUUACUUUCCGGACUCUU